AUGUUCCAUAAUGACGUUUUUCACCUUGGUAGCGUUGAUGAAUAUGGUAACGAUCUUCCUGACAAUUAUCCUGAUCAUCUUAUUGGUGGCAGUGACGAUUAUCAUCAUGGCGGUGAUGGUGCUGGUGGGAGUGCACAACCUCUGGCUCAUUUUGUUAAUUCCCUAAGGCAGGAAGGGGGACACAAUAAGCGAUCAGUUCAUCAUACAAAAAAGGGAGAUGGAUAUUGGGGAAACAUCUGA